CUCCGUGUCUUAUUCAUUCAUUAUCAUUAUCACUCUUCAUCUCUGGCAUUGAUAACUUGCUUGCCUAGCGCACUUUGUAUUGCUGUGAAGGUGCGCGAGUGCAUCUCAAAGGAAAAGAGCAUACGAUCCGAUUCUUCCACCCAUUAUUGGGCUGAUGUGUUUGUCUUCAUCAUGCCUAUCUCUUCCAACUGGCCAGAUGUGAAUCUGUCGGUCACCGACAUCUUCUCUCUACUUUUCAAACGCAAGAAUACACCUUUUCCUGAAAAUCAAGUGAUCUUCCAGGAUGCCGACCAACUAGAACGGAAAUACACCUACGCGCAGAUAAAACAGCUCAGCAUCGACUUUGGUAAAGGGUUAUAUGCAAAUUAUGACUUCCAUAAGGGCGAUGUACUGGGUCUCUACGUUCCCAAUGACAUCGACGUUGCUCCGGUCGUGUUUGGCACUCUCUGGACUGGAGGCGUUGUGUCUCCAGCCAACCCGGGCUACACUGUGUCUGAGCUGGUUUACCAGUUGAAAGACUCUGGUGCGAAACUCCUGGUGACCCACCUCAGCGUCUUGGACAAUGCGAGAAAAGCGGCCAAAGAAGCUGGUAUUCCAGAUUCAAAUAUAUUCUUACUGGGCAAGGAUAGCGAUCCCAACCGGAAAGCGAAACACUGGACUCUUGUCCGCAAUCUUUCCGGCUCCUCUCGUUACAGAAGCCCCAAAUUCUCUCCCAAGACCGACUUGGCCUUUCUGGUAUACUCGUCGGGUACGACAGGACGCCCGAAAGGUGUCAGAUUGAGCCAUCACAAUAUGACAUCCAACAUCGAACAGUGUUACCAGUCUGAACCGCACCUAAGUUGGGACGGCUCAAAACACGUGCCUGGACUUCCCGAUGCGCCGAAGGGAAAAGGGGACAAGAUUCUUGCGUGUCUGCCUUUCUUCCACAUUUACGGACUGAACUUACUAGUUCACUCACCAAUCUAUACGGGCGUGCACACCCUCGUGCUACAGCGGUUUGACUUGGAGAAGUGGUGUAGCCUCGUACAGGACCACCAAGUCACCUUCAGCUACAUUGUCCCACCGAUUGUACUGUUACUCUGCAAGCACCCUGUUGUCGACAAGUACGACCUCAGCUCACUACGAAUGACCAACUCGGGCGCGGCGCCUCUCACCCGUGAUCUUGUCGAAUCGCUUUACAAACGAAAGGGUCUACGCGUGAAGCAAGGUUACGGCUUAAGUGAGACAAGCCCCACAAUCUUCAUCCAGCGUUGGCAAGAUUGGCAUUCAGCCGUUGGAACGACCGGAUGGAUUGUUCCUAACGUACAGGCCAAAUUUUGUGCCGUGCCUGGCGCAGGCGAAGAGUCUGACGGGAAGAAAGAACUUCCUCGCGGCGAGAUUGGCGAGUUGUACGUCAAAGGACCUAACAUUUUCAUGGGGUAUCACAACAAUCAAGCCGCCACGGCCGAGUGUUUGGAAGAUGGUUGGUUUCGCACAGGCGACGUGGGCUUCCUUGACAAGGACGGCAACCUUACGAUCACCGAUCGUGUCAAGGAAUUGAUCAAGUAUAAGGGAUUUCAAGUGCCUCCGGCCGAACUCGAGGGAUAUCUUGCCGCACACGACCUGGUCGACGAUGUUGCUGUAGUUGGUGUGGACAGUGCUGAGCUCGGCACCGAGGUGCCCCGUGCAUAUAUCGUGCGCAAAGGCGGGCUCAGCGCAAUCCAACCAAAUGACGCCCAGGAUAUUAUCAAGUGGUUGAACGGGAAAGUGGCGAACCAUAAAAAGUUGCGUGGUGGGAUCAAGUUUGUGGACGCUGUGCCAAAGAGUGUCUCGGGUAAGAUUCUACGAAGGGUACUGAAAGAGCAGGCCAAAGGUGAAUUCAAGGCAGAAGAGGAAGAGAAAUCAAGAGCGACGCGGGCGGGCAAGCCGAAGUUGUAGUCGGAGUCGGAUUCAGAAGUUUGCACGCAAAGGCGCACGAAUUGGCUCGUGAUAGGGAGGACAUAAUGUAGAGUAUCCUGAUUGUGUGACAUGCAAUUUGAUCGUGUAGGUUAUCGACACGUCGGUACAUUUCCAGAGACGAUUAGGGACCGGCUUGGAUUACCUCCUCGACGGCAGGCUUCGGCAAACGCAGCCUUGUCC